AUGCUGAAAAGUAGCGUGAUAUUGGGGCUUUGGCUUGUCUCUUAUGCCCAAUGCUUCUAUCUGCCGGGCGUUGCACCCACCACAUAUCAGGAAGGUGACGAAAUUCCACUGUUAGUGAACCAUUUAACUCCAUCUAUGUUCUUUCGUCAUACCGAUGAAAAUGGCGAGGACAUGGGGGACAAGGAAUCGUUCUUAUACUCAUACGAUUACUACUAUCACAAAUUGCAUUUCUGUCAACCUGAAAAGCUUGAAAAACAGAGAGAGUCUUUGGGAUCCAUCAUUUUUGGAGAUAGAAUUUAUAAUUCGCCAUUUCACAUCCAAAUGCUCAAAGACCAAGAGUGUGUCUCACUGUGUAGCCAGAAGAUUCCGGCCGAUGACGCCAAAUUCAUCAACAAGCUGAUUUACAAUGGAUUUUUCCAAAAUUGGCUCAUUGAUGGGCUGCCAGCUGCUCGUCUUUCACAUGAUGGUAGAACAGACUCAGAUUUUUAUACCCCUGGGUUUGAACUAGGGCUUGUUGAUGUUGGCGGAUCUAAACUGAGAAUGGGUGGCCAGAGUGACGCCCUACAGUCCGAGUCUCAAUCCCAUUCCAAACAGGUCGAUGAGGAGGAUUAUCUUCAACCGCCUUCAAACGCGCGCAAGUUAGCAAAAAGAAAAGUGGUCAGUGACCCUUCGGCUUUAGUCCAGCAGAUUGAGAAAGCCUACUUUGUAAAUCACUUUGAUAUUCAGAUCGAAUAUCACGACCGCGGCAAUGGCGACUAUAGAGUUGUGGGCGUUCUGGUGAAACCAGUUUCAAUCAAGCGGGACUCUCCAGAUUCUUGUGACAUCACUGGCGAUCUGCUGGAGCUGUCCGAAGAAGAAGACACGCAAGUUCAAUUUUCGUACUCGGUCAAGUUCAUUCCCUCUACUACCGUCUGGGCCACAAGAUGGGACAAAUACUUGCAUGUUUAUGAUCCAAAGAUCCAGUGGUACUCUCUCGUGAAUUUCUCGCUAGUAGUGAUUCUGCUAUCCUCUGUUAUGAUUCACAGUCUGUACCGCACUUUGAGGGACGAUUUGACGCGUUAUAACCAGCUGAACCUGGAUGAUGAUUUUCAAGAAGAAACUGGUUGGAAGUUGGUGCACGGCGACGUAUUCCGCACACCAAAAAAAUCGCUUCUACUUUCAGUUCUAGUUGGAUCCGGAGCUCAACUGUUUUUGAUGGCUGCUUGUACAAUCGCCUUCGCGAUGUUGGGCCUACUCUCACCAUCUUCACGUGGGUCAUUAACCACCGUAAUGUUUAUUCUAUAUGCGCUGUUCGGUUCUUUCGGUGGUUUUACAUCCAUGGCAACUUACAAAUUUUUUGGAGGUGAGUAUUGGAAGGUCAACAUGCUUCUCACACCGCUCUUGGUUCCAGGGUCCAUCUUCUGUGUCAUGCUAGCGCUAAAUUUCUUUUUGGUUUUCGUGGAAUCCGCCGGGGCAAUCCCAUUUGGAACGAUGUGUGCGAUCUUAUUGCUGUGGUUUGUAUUGUCAAUACCGCUGUCAGCGGUGGGCUCAUUUGUAGCUCGUAAAAAAUCUCGUUGGGACGAGCAUCCCACUAAAACAAAACAAAUUCCAAGACAAAUCCCCAUCCAACCAUGGUAUUUAAAAACCAUCCCGGCCACAUUAAUUGCAGGUAUUUUCCCAUUCGGAUCGAUCGCUGUUGAACUCUAUUUCAUCUACUCCAGUCUGUGGUUCAACAAGGUGUUUUACAUGUUUGGAUUCUUAUUUGUUUCCUUUUUACUGUUAACCUUAACCACCUCCCUGGUUACUGUUCUGUUAACCUACUAUUCCUUGUGUUUGGAAAACUGGAAAUGGCAAUGGAGAGGAUUCUUUAUCGGAGGAGCUGGUUGUGCCAGUUACAUUUUUAUCCACUCGAUACUCUUCACCAAAUUCAGAUUAGGCGGCUUGACAACAAUAGUACUUUACUUAGGAUAUUCACUAUUGAUUUCCCUCUUAUCGUGCAUUAUCACUGGUACCAUCGGCUUCCUCUCUAGCUUAUGGUUUGUUAGAAGAAUUUACUCCUCGAUCAAGGUAGAUUAG